AUGUCUCCUGUCGAGGAGCGCAUAAUUCGACGCGCUCGAGGCAUUAUAGCCAGGCUGGAAUCUUGCUGUGCACGCCUCGAUUCCGCCGCGUCACCACCGCGCAACGCAACUUCUGGCGAUUGUAAUACCCUAUCAGAAGAUGAUGCAAGCAGCUGUUGCAAGGAACUCGGAGCCGUAUUGGCACAGUAUAUGAUCAACAUAUGUAAGGGUUGUGAUGAAGAAGAAGCGAAAAUCCUAAGAGAAAGUGUAGAUGCAUCACUUCAGGCUCAGUUCUUGGUGGAGCUGAACUGUGCAGAAAAAUACUCAUCUGCUUUCGCGCACUACCUUUCAAGAAAGGAUGUUCAAAACCACACUCCAGCGGCUCCGCAUUACGACGGACGCCGAUGUGUCUCUAUAGCCGUCGAGUCGCUUACUCGCUAUCAACCAGCGCAGGUGGUACUUUCAGUUCUCAGCGACUUUAGCAUCGACGAUGGGUUCGUGCGUAUUGAUGUGAAAAAUCACGUUGUUAACUUCCUAUGGAAAAUUGGCCGUAUCGCUUGCGAGAUGUCGCCAUUACAACGUGAUGCCCACGUGCAAUAUAUCACGAAGCACCUUACGCUUAGCGGCGCUACAAAGACAAUACCGCUUGAGGAGUACAGCUGCUCGCAACCGUGGGUGAUAUACUGGUCACUUCAUGGCAUGAGCCUGCUUGGAGCUGACAUCCUGCCUUAUCGUGAACGCGCUUUAAAGAGCUUGUUCGACUGCUGGGACACGGUUGGCGGCGGCUUCGGAGGAGGCCGCGGUCAGAUGGGCCACUUGGCCACUACAUAUGCAGCAGUCUCCUGUCUGAAUAUGCUACAAUCCCUGCAUUUGUUAAACAUAGCCAAACUACGUUCUUUCCUGCUUAAUAUGAAGCAACCCGAUGGCACUUUCACGGUACACCAUGGAGGAGAGGUCGAUGUGAGAGGCAUUUAUUGCGCUGUAGCAUCUGCCUAUAUGGCCGGUAUAUUGGAUGAAGAACUUUCCGAGGGCGUUGCAUCCAGAAUCGCAUCUUGCCAGGGCUACGACGGUGGCAUUUCAGGUGAGCCUUUCUUGGAGUCGCAUGCGGGAUACGUCUACUGUGGCACCGCUGCCUUGAAGAUCUUAAAUUCCUUGAACGACAUCGACACCGACCGUUUGCGCCGCUGGUGUAGACAGCGCCAGACACCCGAACUCGGUUUCCAGGGCAGACCGCACAAGCUGGUUGACGUAUGUUACUCGUUUUGGAUUUCUGGAACGCUUGAACUGCUGAAUGACCAAUGCGAGGACUCAUCAGAGCUUAGUCGCCUGCUACUGAAGGCAUACAUUCUAUGUGUCUCACAGAGUACAACUGGUGGCUUCCGCGACAAACCGUCCAAACCUGUAGAUCUUUAUCACACUUGUUACGCGCUCUCUGCACUGGAGAUAAUAUCGCAGCCACCAGGCAAACGCCGAAUAGACUGUGCUCUAAAUCUUUUAAUUUGA